GUAUGACUUCUAUUCUUACUGAAACACUUCACCAACCAGUGCAUGAAUCAUGACCAGCAGGUGGACCCUGUAAUAGUCCACCGACUGCGUGUUUCACCCCCACGCUGUUCUCACUGAGGUGAUGGAAACAAGUCGUGUCACUACAGGAAACUACAGGAAAUGAAGCUUGCAGAACUUUCUUCAGCACAACUGAAAGCUGCUGUGGGUCCACAGCUCACACACUCUGACCCCAAUUUGUUUCACAUGUUCAUAGUCAAAUUAUCUGAGUCACAGACACAUUUAUUUGCAAGAACAUGUACUUUUCUCGCUCAGAGUAUCCAGUUCUUUGUCAUGAUCUUGAUAUGCCGAAUCUAAUGUGGGUUUUGCAUUAAUACAAUUUAUUAUCUAGGACUGAAUAUGUAAACGACAAAACUCUUCUUCAUUGCCAGCAGAGAUGAGGGAAGUCAACAAGCCACUGACUUUAGAAAAAAACCGCCACCACUAUUUUGACAUGAGAAAACGACGACUUCUGACCACUUCAUGCUCAGCUCAUUCUGCUGCAGCACAACUCUUCAGUGUCUCUUAGUGAAAUGAUUUUCUCUGUGGUACUGGUGCUGUGGUGUGGCGUGGAGUCAGUCCAGUCCAGUGUUCCUCCUGUGUUCGUCCAGAAAGGCAAAGAUGUACUUCUGGAUGUCGACAAUGUGACUGAAGACUUUUUUUUUUUAUUUACAUGGAAAUUUGAUGAAGAGAGUUUGAGUUUAGUCACAUUUGGCCGUGAUGGCACAUCAGAAAUCUCUCCAGCUUACACUGGAAGGAUUGAUAUCCCUGACAACAAGAAAUACUCUGUGAUACUGAAGAACCUACAAGAGACAGACAGUGGAGUUUAUACUGGACGAGUGACAACAGCCAAGGGCGACUCCACAUUAGUCCAACACAACAUCAUAGUUCAAGAUGUUGUGUCUCCCGUCCAGCUGGAGGUGAACUCUGUAUCAAACAGCUCACACUCCUGUAACGUCACUCUGACCUGCAGCACGGCCGACUCUCACAUCAGCAGCACUUUCAGAUGUAUCGAUCAAAAAUGUGAUCAGGAUGGAGGGAAUCAAUCAAAGAUCACAAACUCCAGCUCUACUCUGCAAGUCUACUUGUUGGACGUUACAGUGAUCUGUAAACACAGAAACCAGGUCAGCUCGACUGAGGACAGGACGGAUAUUCAACAUGUCUGCCCCCAGCUGAUCGGUUCACACAUCGUCUCUCACGGCAUUUCCUUCUGCCAGGUGAAGACAGUGGUGUUCUCUGCCGGUCUCUUCCUCAUGGUCUCUGCUCUCAUCAGCGUGCAUCUCUUUCUCAAACUCAAAAAGCAGAAAUAAGCAUUUUUCUUUGCUGUUCAGUUGUGCAUACAGCUUUAACAAUCAAUGCUACUGCAGUGGAAGAACACAGAACUGAUGAAAGGACCGUUCCAGUAAUGAUUUCUUUUUCACAGGAAAUUUUGAUAUAAUUUUUUUUUUUUUUUUGCAAAUGCUUUAUGAAGAAGGAAACAUCUUUGUGAGUAGUGCUCUUUCCAAUAUGAUCAUUCUUGUAUUUUCACUGAUGCCUCAGAAGGUUGACAAAAUCAAUAAAAUGAUGUUCAAGGAAAUUGCAAUUAGAGAAACUAAAAUUCAGAUUUCCUUUAUUCGUCCCACAGCAGGGAAAUUUACAGAGUGACUACAGUGAAAAGCACAUUAUAAAGUGAACAGAAAAAAGGCUAAACACAAAAUAAGAGAAGAAUAUGAUGAAAAUAUGGAAUUUAACAAUAAAAAAGAAUCCAAGAUAAAGUUCAAACAGUGAAAAACAAAGAAUGUGAAUAGUGACUGAGACUAUUCUGAAACUGAGAAAAGUGUGUUUGCGUUUCUUCUGAAUGGUUGCCAUUCAUGGAAAAAUUCAUCAGGUUGUAUGAGGGUUUUUUUCUUCUUUUUAUUAUCUGAAAAAGUGGAAAUCAGCAUGAGCCACAGUCACCAAACCCCGUAAAAUAAAAAUGAACCCCAUAAGUAUGUAGUCCUGUACUUUGUUGACUUCAAUAAAGCCUAAU